AUGUCAACAACAACAACACAAACCCAGGCCGCGGCUGCAACAGAGAAGAAGGAUCUAUCACAGUACGACUUUUCUAACCUCGAGCCAUAUACACACCCGCCCGAGACCAAGGAGGACCUUCCCUGGGCUGAGCUGGUCACCCUCGAUCUUGAAGACUACAACCGCCCGGGCGGGAAAGAGCGACUGUCAAAGCAGCUUGAGCAUGCGGUCCACCAUGUAGGAUUUUUCUACGUGAAAAACUUCGGCCUCAGCCAGGAGCAAGUCGACAGACAGUUCACACUCGCGAAGCACUUCUUCCAGCUCCCGACGGCUGAGAAGGAGAAGUACGAGAUCAACUACGCAGAGGCCGACUACAACGGCUGGCGGCGCCCUGGCCGCUCGCUCGUCGCCCAGGCAAAAGACAACAUCGAGAUCUUCAACUUCCCCAAGUUCACGCCCGACUUCGUCGGCAAAUACGCCUACCCGGACCUCCUCACGGCGCACCUCCCCGAAAUCGAGGUCUUCCAGCGCGCGCUCCACGCCAACGUCGUGCUCCCCCUCCUCCGCCUCUUCGCCAUCGUCCUCCAGCUCCCCGACGAAGAAUACCUCGUCAACCAGCACACCUUCGCCAAGAAGAGCGAGGACCACUUCCGCUACAUGCUGUACCACCCGCGCAGCGCCGCAGAGUGGGCCGAAGCCAACAACGGCGCGACAGGCGGGCACACGGACCUGGGCACGCUGACGCUGCUCUUCCGCCAGCCCGUCGCGGGACUACAGAUCCUCGGCGACGACGGCAAUUGGACCUGGGUCGCCGCACAGCCCGGCACCAUCACCGUGAACCUCGCAGACACCAUCUCGCACCUGACGGGCGGCUGGCUCAAGUCAUCUGUGCACCGCGUCGUCGCGCCGCCUGAGGACCAGCGCGACCACGCACGCACGGGGCUGCUGUAUUUUGCGCGCCCGCACAACGACACCCCGCUGCUGCCCAUCACGGAUAGUCCCGUGCUGGAGCGCGCGGGCGUGCGGCCGCGCUUCGACAGCGUGGUCACGGUCGAGGAGUGGGUCCGGGCGAAGCAGACGUUGCAGCUGAAUCCCGAGGAGACGCGGAAGCGGUGGAAGGACGGGCGGGUUGAGGUGCUGGCGGGGUUCCACGAUCAGAAGUACAAGGAGUAG